AUGGAAUUUCAUGAAGUUAAAAAGAGAAAUAUACGUAAGUUCAAUAAUUUACGUGGUCAGAUAGCCGAUGACAACAUUCAAAUUAAUGACAAGAGAAUUUAUAAUUUCACAACCAUCGUAUUACCAGAGACUGUAAGAAGAAUUCUCACGUUAGAUGGUAAUUUUGGUUUAAUGUUACCUAGUGAUAAACCACCUAUUGUUAAGUUAAUUAAAGAUUUUGAAGGUUGUCUGAAUAAGGUUAAAGCUGAAGAUCUAAGUAAUGAUGAACUUACUGAGUUUAGGCAUAAUCUAAGAGUAAGAGGAAUCAAUAUUGCUACUAAUUACUUGAAGAAUCAACACCGAAUGAAAAAUAGUAAAUAUAUGAUUAACUUGAAAGAUAUUAAUAACACGAAGGAAUUUUUUAAAACUCAUGAUGAUUUAGUAGUAACAAGGUCGGAUAAAGGUAAUUCUACUGUAGUGAUGUGGAAGCAGGAAUAUCUAGAUGAGAUGAAUAAGAUGGCCGGUGACACAGCGACUUCCACGAAGAGCCGUGUAGAUCCUACUUCCAGACUUCAAUCAGCAUCGAAUGAAUUAGUUAAAAAACUUGAAGCGAAGGGUAUAAUUGAUGAGAUAACAGGUAAACAUAUGCGUUCGUAUAAUGCUCUAUCUCCUAAAUUAUAUGGAUUGAGAAAAACCCAUAAGGAUGGAUGCAAGCUCAGACCAGUUGUCAGCAAUAUUAGUUCACCAGGUUACAUAAUAUCAAACUUCGUACAUAAAAUCUUGUCUCCAUACGUACUUAGUUUCAGAUUUAAUAUGAAAAAUUCAUUUCAAUUUAUAGAACGGAUCAAGUCGUUGGUUGUGAACGAUGAUUACGUACUCAUCUCCCUUGAUGUUGUCUCAUUAUUCACUAAUGUAAAACAAGAAUUAAUAAUUAAAAUCAUUUAUGAACGUUGGAAUGAUAUUAAGGAGUUUGUUAACCUAGAUCAAGAGACAUUCCUUGAUCUUGACAAGUUUUGCUUCAAUUCUGGUUAUUUUCUGUUUCAAGGUGACUUUUACUUACAAAAAGAAGGUUGCGGUAUGGGUAGUCCAGCAAGCCCAGUUAUUGCCAUUACUGCGGUAGAUUAUGUCAUAUCAAAAGCACUGGAACGGUUAGAUUUUGAUAUUUCAGUAGUAUCAGCGUAUGUAGAUGACCUUUUCUUGAUUAUUCCAAAAGAUCAAGUUGAUACGGUAAUGAACAUCUUUAACUCUAUUGACAAGGACAUCCAGUUUACAAUUGAGAUGGAACAAGAUGGUAAGCUUCCGUUCUUAGAUGUGUUAGUGUGCAGAACUGACUCUGGGGAGUUAAUAACAUCAUGGUAUCAAAAACCAUACAACUCAGGUCUACUAUUAAAUUUCAAGUCAAACCAUCCUCUAAGUCAGAAGCUAGGCGUGGCACAGGGUUUCCUUAACAGAGCCAUACGUCUUAGUCAUGAGACUAUGACUUCUGUGAGUAUUAACAAUGUGAAACGCUUGCUAAUGAAUAAUAAUUAUCCUCGGUCAGUAAUAGAUAAGUGUGAAAAAAUUACUAAGGAUAGAAUUAAUAGUAAUUUGAGAUCUAAUGCUCAGUUGAGAGGUUGGUCGUUCUGCAAGUUUCCCUACAUUAGAAACUUAUCACCAAGGAUUGGGUCCAUGUUCAGACAGACGAACUGUAAACUGGUUUUCUACAAUUUACAGAAGAUUAAAGACCUCUACAGUCGACUCAAGGAUCCAGUUGACAAAAAGGAUAGAUCAUGUAUAGUGUAUCAGAUUCCUUGCACCUGUGGUAGAUCUUUAGGUAGAUAUGUAGGACAAACUAAACAAAAACUCAAGACAAGGAUUAAUCAGCAUAUUAAUGAUUGUAGACCUGUGAAUAUCAUCAAGCGUAACAAGACAGUAUUGGCUGAUCAUCACUUUGAGAGUGGGCGUAAUUUCGAAUUUGAGGCUACCCGAAUUCUGGAUUAUGAAUCCCAUUUCCUGAAACAAAACAUCAGUGAGAUGUUUUUCAUCAAAGUGGUUGAUUGUGUUAAUUUUAGAUGGGAUACUCAGGGCCUAAGUUCUUCAUAUAGUGAUAUUAUAUCAAUUGCUAAAAAAUUUUAUUAA